AUGGACAGGUUCCGCUUGUUUUUCCAACACUUCCAGAACAGCUCCGAGUCUGUGAUGAAUGGCAUCUGCCUGCUGCUGGCCGCGGUCACCAUCAAGCUGUACUCCUCCUUCGACUUCAACUGCCCCUGCUUGGCGCGCUACAACACCCUCUAUGGCCUGGGCCUGCUGCUCACGCCCCCACUGGCCCUCUUCCUCUGUGGUCUCCUGGUCAACCGGCAGUCUGUGGUGAUGGUGGAGGAGUGGUGCCGGCCCGAGGGGCACCGGAGGAAGGACUCGGGCAUCAUCUGGUACAUGUGCUCCUCUGUGCUGCAGAGAGCACUGGCUGCCCCCAUGGUCUGGAUCCUGCUGGCCCUCCUUGAUGGAAAGUGCUUUGUGUGUGCCUUCAGCAAUUCUGUAGACCCUGAGAAGUUUCUGGACUUUGCCAACAUGACCCCCAGCCAAGUGCAGCUCUUCCUGGCCAAGGUGCCCUGCAAGGAAGAUGAGCUGGUCAGGGACAACCCUGCUCGAAAGGCCGUGUCUCGAUACCUGCGGUGCCUGUCACAGGCCAUCGGCUGGAGUAUCACCCUGCUGCUGAUUGUGGCGGCCUUCCUGGUCCGUUGCCUGAGGCCCUGCUUCGACCAGACAGUCUUGCUGCAGCGCAGAUACUGGAGCAACUAUGUGGACCUGGAACAGAAGCUCUUUGACGAGACAUGCUGUGAGCAUGCCCGGGACUUCGCGCACCGCUGCGUGCUGCACUUCUUUGCCAGCAUGAAGAGCGAGCUGCAGGCAAGGGGGCUGCGCCGGGAUCUGGGGGAGGAGCCCCCUGAACCCCUAGACGACCUGGAUGGCGGAAGUGGGAAGGCCCACCUGCGCGCAGUCUGCAGCCAAGAGCAGGUAGACCACCUCCUAAGUACCUGGUACUCCAGCAAACCUCCACUUGACCUUGCAGCAUCCCCGGGGUUCUGGGGGGUUGGCCUCAGCCACCGUGCACCCAUGGUGACUCCAGGCACAAGGCUGUCCCAGCACACUGAUGUGUAG